AUGUAAUAUCAAUCUGUUCCCCAAACUGAAUAUCAUGAUCAAAAAGCUUCAGUCGAUUCAUCCUUGCUCGGAGAUGCUUAAAAGAAUUUCGCCAAAAAGGUCUUCUCUAUUGUCGGCUUUUAACUUCUGGCCACUUCAGCAGUAGCAUACUCUGCUAUGAAUUAUAAUUUUAUUGCUGAAUUAUGUGAAUACCUCUAUAUACCAGCUAUUAUUGGGUCAAUCGUUACAGGAUUGUGGAUUUACUUAAGCCCAUCCUCAGCAAGAAGAUUUCCAAAGAAUUAUAUUUUACUCAGUGUCUUUACCCUCAGUGAAGCCAUCGCAUUAGCCAUUACAUGUUCUGCAAUUGGUGAUCCUGAAAUCAUUUUCCAAGCAUUCAUAAUAACAACCGGUAUCGUUAUUUCUUUGGCCACGUAUGCUAUGACAACUAAAAAUGAUCUCUCAUAUCACGGAGCUGCUAUUUUCCUACUCUCAUUCGGUUGUUUGAUGGCUGGUCUCACCUAUUUUAUCUUCAGAAGCUCUUUUGCAUAUUAAAUUUAUUUGAUUGGAGGUGCUAUAAGUUUAGGAUUCUAUUUGGUAUACGAUAUCUAAUUGAUCAUCGGAGACAAAUAAUUAAGAUUAACUGUUGAUGAUUACGUUUUGGGAUCCAUUAUGAUUUACACAGAUAUAAUCAAAAUUUUUAUCAGAGUUGUCAAAAUAUUAAUGAAAGAGAAGAAAGAGAAAUGAGCUUUAUUCAAUCUUCAUUAAAUUCAAUUGCAAUAUUAUUAUUGUAA